AUGGCUACCCACCACGACGGCUAUGAAGCCGAAAAAGUCGACUCCAACGCCAAGCACCUCGAACUGAGCGCCGACUCCCAGCUGGCCCAGGCGGCCGACUUUGAAGACCACGAGCUGGGCAUCUGGAAGUCUUUCGUCCGCUACCCGUGGGCGUCCGCCUGGUGCGUCUACGCCUGCUGGACCAUCAUCCUCCUCAGCUUCGACGUCCAGGCGGCGGGGGCCGUCGUCGGCAUCCCCGAGUUCCGCAAGGACUUUGGAUACGCUUUCGAGGGCGACUACGUGCUCCCGGCCGUGUGGCAAUCUUCCUUCAGCGGCGCCCCCGUUGCAACCGCCGUCAUCUCGUCUAUUGCCUCGGCCGAGUUGGCGGACUGGAUCGGGAGAAAAAAGGUCCUCGCCCUCGCCCUUCUCAUAUCCUUCGUCGCCGUUGCCAUUGAGUUCAUUGCCACCACCAAUGCCAUUUUUUUUAUAGGAAAAUUGCUUAAUGGUUUCAUGGUUGGCGCUGUCGGCACGAUCAUGGUCUCUUACAUCGGCGAGAUCACCCCCUUGGCUCUGCGCGGCAUCUUCACCUGCGGCGUUGGCGUAGCGUACGGCAUCGGCCCCCUGGUCGCUUUCAUCGUCAUCAACUACACGGGGACGGUCCAGUCUCGCUGGGCGUACCGUACGGUCUUCUGCUGUCAGUUCGGGUUUGCAGGAGUUGCGGCCAUUCUCUGGCCAUUCAUGCCCGAGUCCCCGUGGUGGCUCGUCUCAAAGGGAAAGAAAGAAGAGGCCCUCAAGAGCCUAGGCAGACUUGGCCACACCGGCAAUGAAGGACGGGCGAAGCUUGCUCUCAUCGAACGCACGUUGGAAGAGGUCCGCGAGGAGACGGAAGGCGUCACAUAUGUAGAGUGCUUCAAAAAGUCCAACCUGCGACGAACAAUCAUCAGCAUCAUGCCCUUGAUCAUCCAGGCUUUCAGCGGCAUCGCAUGGGUUGCCGGUUACUUCACUUAUUACCUUCAACUCGCUGGCUACUCUACCUCAAUGAGCUACCAGCUUCAGAUUGCCCAACCCGUUCUCUCCAUUGUCGGCAACCUGAUGGCUGCCGCUGUCAUUGACAGAGUAGGCCGGAGAAACCUCACGUUCUAUGGCCUGGGCAUCCUCACGGCGUUCCUCCUCAUCACGGGAGGGCUAGGGACAGGCACCACCCAACCCAUGAUAAAGGGAACCGUGGCUUUCAUUCUCAUCUACAGCUGGUGGUACAACGUCUCCAUCGGGUCGACCGCCUUCUCUCUCCUUGCCGAAACCUCGACAUCGCGGCUCCGGGCCAAGACCGUCGCCAUCGGGUACGCGUCGCAGAACUCGAUCAACGUCAUGUGGCAGUUUGUGAUCCCUUACAUGUUCAACCCGGACAAGGCCAACCUGGGCGCCAAGACCGCCUUCAUCUUUGGCGGGCUGUGCUUCUUCUCGCUGCUCUACCUCUGGUACUUCCAGCCCGAGACCGGCGGCCGCUCGUACGAAGAGCUCGAUGAGAUGUUCAAGAAGGGCGUUCCGGCCAGGAAGUUCAAGACGUACAAGUCCACCAUGCAGAUGCGGAACGAGGCCGCUGCGCAAGGUGUCGGUCAUUGA